CCAAAUCAACGUGUUCCUACAUUGAAAGUUCAACAAAAUUGUAUAUAAAAUAUAUAUUAUAAAUUAAACAAAAGAAAAUGUCUUCUUCAUUUUUCCUAAAAGGGAAAUCGAGACAAGUUCAUAAAAGAAAAAGUGAAAAAAUAAACAAGAAAAAACCUAAAAAGCCAAAUGCUCCUAACCUCGAAAAUGGACAAGAAUCCUCAGAUAGUGAUUUGGACCUUAAAAAGUUCUCUGAAGCGGAGGAAUCAGAGAGUGACCAUGAAACAGCAGAACAAAAGAAGUUGCGAUUAGCAAAGAAAUAUCUAGAAGAAAUAGAAAAGGAAGAAGCGAAGAGGUCGGAGGUUCUAGACGAUGCUAUUGAAAAACGUUUACAGAAAGAUUACUUGGAGCAGAAAGGAAGGCUAAAAACAGAAGUUGCCGAUAAAUAUAUUGCUCCAACAGAUACUAAUAUUAGACUCAUACGGGCCAAAGAACAUCGCCUAUCACUCACAUGUUUGUGUAUUAGCAGUGAAGGCGAUUUCGCAUUUACUGGCUGUAAGAGUGGUACACUCAUUAAAUGGAGUGUCAGGGAAAAACGAAGACUUGGCUCAUUAACUUAUAAAACACAUUCCGCUUACCUAAAAGGAGGUAUUACUUCAGUAGCCUUAACUACAGAUUCAAAAUAUUUAGCUACCUCUGAUUCUUCACCAAACAUUCAAAUUUGGGACCCUCAUACAUUGAAACACCUACAUACAUUCAAAGGCCAUAAGGAUGUGGUUAUAGGUCUAGUUUUUAGGAAGAACACACAUGACUUGUACUCAGCUAGUAAAGACAGAUCCGUAAGGAUCUGGUCAUUAGAUGAAAUGGCAUAUGUCGAAACAUUGUUUGGUCAUCAAUCACCCAUCACUUCUAUUGAUGCAUUAACUAGGGAACGAGCUAUAACUUCAGGAGGUCGAGAUACCACUGUAAGAAUAUGGAAAAUAGUUGAGGAAUCACAGUUAAUUUUUAACGGUCCAGUGGGAAGUCUUGAUGAAGUGAAGCUAUUGGAUGAGGAGCAUUUUGUGUCUGGCAGCGAUAAUGGUUCAAUAUGUUUGUGGAGUGUCUUGAAGAAAAAGCCAUUAUGUACUGUAACAGAAGCACACGGGUCUGAAAAUGAGGUCCCACGCUGGAUUACAAGCCUAGCAACACUUUUAAAUUCAGAUGUUUUUGCAUCUGGAUCCUAUGAUAAUUACAUAAGGUUAUGGAAAGUCAGUGAUUCAUACAAAAAUAUAGAACCUUUGCUUAGCAUAAUGAAAAAUGGAUUUGUAAAUCAUAUGCAAUUUACAAGUGAUGGCAGACUUUUAUAUGCAGCUUUAGGACAAGAACACAAAGGAGGCAGGUGGUUUAAGCAAGGGAGUGCAAAAAAUGGCUUAUUAGUUAUUAACUUAUCAAUGAAGUCAUAAUAUUUUAAUAAAUAAAUUUUAAAAUA